AUGACAGCGCUCGUUUCUUGGUUACUAGUUGGCGAACGUGCGGAGAGCAAUAGUGCAUAUGCUUGCUUUCGGCUGCUGCUGUCUCUAGGCAAGAUCGGAAUGGGAGGGCGAGGUCCGCUGGUGGUGGCGAUGUGUUUGUCGGCGGGGAAGGGAUAUAAAACGAGGUUGCUUAUGAUAAAUGGUGAGAUGGUAGCGCUGAGGGAGUAG